CAUAACUCCCCUGUCAUUGUUUUUGGAUUGUCUCGCGAUGGGGCGAACGGACGUGGUGUAUGCGCUGCUGUGCGUCGUCCUCCCCGCCUUGGUCGGCCUGCAUUUGUAUGUCGCGCCCUAUACCAAGGUCGAGGAGUCCUUUCAUAUCCAGGCCAUUCAUGAUCUGCUCGCUUUCCAGCUGCCCACGCGCAAUGUAGCGGAUACGCUGCGCGCCGAAUAUGAUCAUUUUACGUUCCCCGGCGCGGUGCCGCGCACGUUUGUCGGCGCCGUGACGCUCGCUGGGCUGUCGCGGCCGUUCAUCUGGUUGAAUGCCAGUAUUGAUAGGCAGUUUCUGGCGCGAGCACUCCUGGGCAUGCUGAAUUCCCUCUCGCUGCUGGCUUUCGCAUCGAGCAUGCGACGAGCCUUUGGCAAACCGGCGGCUGUGUGGUAUCUGCUCUUCCAGACCAGCCAGUUCCAUAUCCUCUUCUAUGCCACCCGGACCCUGUCCAACAUGUUCGCCUUUGGCAUGACCACCCUGGCGCUGAGCUACCUGCUCCCCGUGCCAGUCUCUCCCCGGGCAUACCAGAAACGCUGUCGCACUGCGCUGUUCCUGCUGACUCUGGCCGGCAUCAUCUUCCGCUCGGAGCUGGCGCUGCUGCUGGGCACCUUCACCAUCUAUCUCUACCUCACCGGCCGCGUCGACAUCCGACGAGACAUCCUCCCCGCCGGCGCCCUCGGCCUCAUCCUGGGUCUCUUCUUCACCGUCGGCGUGGACUCCUUCUUCUGGCAGCAAUUCCCCCUCUGGCCCGAAUUCGCCGCCUUCAAGUUCAACGUCCUCGCCGGCCAGGCGUCCGCCUGGGGCACCCACUCCUGGCACUUCUACUUCUCCAACGCCAUCCCUCGCCUCAUGCUCAACCCCCUGACCUGGCUCACGGCCAUCCCGCUGGCCUUCGCCCUCUCGCCCACCUCGCGCCCUGCCCAGCUGCUCACUGUCCCCUCCCUCGCCUUCGUUGCCAUCUACAGCCUCCAGCCGCACAAGGAAUGGCGCUUCAUCGUCUACAUCAUCCCCGCGCUCACGGCCACCGCCGCCCUCAGCGCCUCCUACGCCUGGACCCACCGCAGCAAAGGCCUCGCUCCGCGCCUCUUCUCCCUCACCCUCCUCCUCACCACCCUCGCUUCCUUCCUCGCCUCCACCAUCCUCCUCCUCCCCGCCUCCGCAGCCAACUACCCCGGCGCGCGAGCCCUCCACUCCCUCCACCACCACGCCGACACCUCCCACUCCCCUAUCUCCGUGUACCUCGGCAACCUAGCCUGCCAGACCGGCAUCACCCGCUUCCAACAACUCCCCCCCUCCGCCGGCUGGACGUACGAUAAAUCCGACUCCUCGGUCCAGGAGAACCCCACCUUCUGGUCCCAAUUCGCCUACGUCCUCGUCGAGCCUGGGGACGAGGAAAACCGUCUCCUCAAGGCCUCGGAGAUCGAUGCGCGCAGUCACCCCGUCCCUGUCUCUCUCGUCUGGGAGGAACUCGAUACCGUCUAUGGCUUUGCGGGUCUGCGCGUCCUGAGGCCUGGUGAUGUGCCGGGUGAUGUGGAGGUUGAGACACUGAAAGAGUGGUGUGGGGAGUCUUGUGCGGAACUGUUUCGGUCUGUGAGGGAUGGGGUGCGUGGGUUGGCGAGGGGCUGGUUUGUGGAGGUGAAGGUUGUGCCGAGGGUGAGGGUUUUGAGACGUGUUGAGUAGUUUUUAGUUAGAGGUAUUUUGGUAUCUCUGGAUGUAAUGGUAGGUGGGUAGGAAAAGUUGGUUGUUUUGUUAAGCUUGUUGGUGCUUAGUUCAUGGUUUAGUUACUAAUUUGUGGAUUGUUCUU